AUGAAGAGGAGCAAAACCAAAGCAACAAAGAAGUUAGCCACCAAAGACAAGCUAUACAGCAAAAGGAAGAAGAAUGGCAAACACAAAAAAGAAAAAACAACAAGCAACAGGAGGAAAAAGUUCAAAAAGCAGUGUGGAGACCAACCUCACCACAAAACAGGAGGACAACUCAGCAAGCAGGAAGUUCAACAUGAAGACAUAGAUGAGCAUACAGAAAUGAAAGGACACAAACACAAGGAGCAAAAUACAGGGCAGAAGAACCAUAAUGUACAGGCCGAUGAAGUAUCAGAAAUUGACAAAUCCAAGCAACAGGCAGACAAAGGGGGGAAUCACAAUCAAAGAGGGGCAGCUAUGGCAAAAGAUAUGGGGUCCAAAGCUAGCACUAGCAAACAAGGGACCACCCCGAAGAGAAAGAAUAAACCUAGUAAAAAGAAGAGGGAAGCAGCUAAGAAAAAAUUAAAUGCUAAGCAAGGAAAUGAUCAAAACCAGCAGGAGGAACAGACUAAUCAGGACAACAACUGCAAGAAGUUUAUUAUGGUGGAUGAUCUGCAGGGUAUGGAUAUUACUCCCCUUCAAACUCAGUAUCUUACUCCCCCUCCCAAUGAUCCUCAAGACAGAGCAGCAACAUGCAAGGUCAACUAUGUGCCAGUUAUUGACGAAUAUGAUGUGGAAAAUUCUGAAGAUGAACUAGAUAUAGAUAAUCAAUCUUUACAAGACCAGGAUGAUGAUGAUGAGACUAGUGAGUUGUCAUUUAAAGCUUUUAGUCCUCAUUAUGCCAAUGAUCUAGAAGAGGAAAUCCACCAGGUAUCAAGUCAACAAGGAUUAUCACCUAGAGGAAUGCAUUAUGACAGGUUCCAGACCAAACAAGGGCAGAAUCCUAGUGUUGUCACAGCAGGCAGACCAAACACCAGGCUCUUUACUUCCAAAUCAUCCCAAUGA